UGCUUUCACCAUCCUAAACCUCUCAUAAUAGCAAAAUAAAACAACCCCUCAACAACCUUAACCACCCCCACAAUUACUCUCUCCACUUCAAGUUUUCAACCCAUCUCCCAUACAACAUUUCAUCUUUUCCCUCUCUCUCAUACACAACACAUUUACUUUCAACCAAAAAUGCAAAAUUACCCAUUUCUGCAUCUCACUCCUCACUCACCAAAAUCCAAACUUUAAAUAAUCAAACUCCACUCUUGAGUCUUGACCUAAUACAACCAAACAAAACAAAACCCAAAAAUCAAAAUACAAACUUUGUUCCAACCCAUUUCCCACCUUCAAUGUGGCCACCAUGGAAAAAAUCAACUUCAUCUCCUUUCUCUUGUUCCUCUUUCAAAGACAUUCAAACCCUCUUCUCAGAAGAACCCACCACAAUCAACAAACCCAAAAAAACCUCUAUCUUCCACCGAGUCACACUCGCUAACUCACUUCUCCGAGCCUGGUCAAAUCAACCCAAACUCACUUACACCUCUUCUCCACUCUCCCCCAACGAUCCACGCGCUUCACGCGCCGCCCAACCUUCAUUAAUCCCCUCUUCUCAGCAGCGCGUGGUAAUCUACUUCACAUCCCUGCGCGUGGUUAGAACAACCUACGAAGAUUGCAAAACGGUGCGUUCCAUCUUACGCGGUUUCAAAAUCCAUUUAGACGAACGUGACGUGUCAAUGGACUCAGGUUUUCUCUCGGAGCUUCGUUUAGUAACGGGUCAUAAAACCGGGUUGAAACUGCCACGUGUUUUCAUCAACGGAAGAUACAUAGGUGGGGCACAAGAAGUAACGUGGCUGCACGAGAAUGGUGAGCUGAAGAAGCUUCUUGAAGGAUUGCCCGUAGCGGAUUCGCUAGUGUGCCACGUGUGCGGUGAUCAUAGGUUUGUGCUUUGUGGGGAGUGUUCCGGUGCGCGUAAGGUGUAUGCGGAGAAAGGUGGGUUUAAGACUUGUAUGGAUUGUAAUGAGAGUGGUUUAAUCAGGUGCAUUUCUUGUUCUUGUUGACCAUGUGAACCUACACGUUCAUUUUUGUUUUUUUGUUAUGGUGUGAAUGUGUAGGGGGGAUUAGUAAUAAUUGAAAUAAAAAAGGACAAAAAUUGUAGGGAAGUGAAAAUUAUUAUGUCACGAGAGAAAUGAAAAUAUCUUAAUUUUGUUGGGUUGUAUUAUGCUUUGUAAUUUUGUGGCAAUGUAGGAAAGGAUCAUGUUAACUAGUUUAGUCUUUUUACUUAAUCAUUUUCAUUUUC